CUGCGUGGGCAACAACCGAUCGUGAUCGAUCGCACGGUGCGUCCUCUCUGGACUACCGCUUUGCAUGUCGUGUGCGUGCGAGUCCAAGAGUAUUCCUUAUACCACGAAUCUUCUAGUCAUCCGCGCGCGAACAUACAUAGAUUAAUGAAAUAAUAAUCAUUGUGACAAAUUAACAGGAUUUCGUCCACGCGUUGAUGCAUUUUGUCUUUUUCGUUAUAGACAUCUACGUUUAGAGAAUAUCAGUAAACGCUAUACGUAUUAUUUAAACGGUAAACAAUCCGUGCAUUCUCGAUACACAAACUUGUUUUCAAAUCUACAUUUACGCCACGAUAAAUCGUAUUCGACCGAUUUACGUUCAUCGCUAUUCGUACCGAUGCGAAUACAAAUCACGAGAAGUCGGUGGGCCGUAUUCGGUGGCUUCACCUUAGUUUGCCUCGCCAAUUUGCGAUUAGCGAUCGGUGACGAAAAUGAAGGCAACGAGAGUAGAACGCACAGGGAAGAGGUUCGACAACACGUAUGCUGUGCAAGACAUGAGAGAAUGAUCGAUGUUGGAUACGGAAUAUCGGGUGAAAUUAUCCAAAUUGAUGCAGGCCAUUGUCGUAAAUUGUGUCCGCGACACGUGUUGGACGAUCCAGGAGACGCGAGUCGGCCCACCGUCCAGAGAUGCUUCCCGGAAUCACAUUGCCGUCCAAAGGCAUCGAAGCUAGAGAGGGUGUCAACGAUUCAAGGGGUUCGCGUGAUCGAAGUGACGGAAGCCUGCGAGUGCACGUCGGAUUCCUCUUGUAGGCGGGAAUCUUUCACGCAUCUCGUGCAUUCUGGCACUCCUCAUCAAGCCGUGAUGGAUGUCGGUGUGUGCAUGGGCCACUGUGCAAAAGAUCUUGGAUGCAAACCGGUGAGGAACAGUACGGUUAGCAUAAAAGGACCGAAUGGAGACGAAGUGUAUCAGGUGAUCGAGAAAUGUGGUUGCGCUGGGACGUGCCACAAAAUGGACCACAUGGAGACCGUUCUAGAUUUCAGCGAAGUCGAAAUAAAGGACGGUACGAAUACAACAGAUGUGAGGCCGGUCGUUCGGCAAAUUAACGUGGGCCAAUGCGUUGGGACGUGUCCAGGAAACGAGACGGAAAUGUGUCUUUUGAGAGACAAAAGAGAGCCAUCGAGAUGCUUGGCGGGCCUGUACUCGAAGCAGCACACUUGCACACCCGCCAGAUUCAAAGUUCACGAGUACAGGACUCGUCGUGGAUCGAAGAGGGAAAUUAUUCAAAUUACCCAGUGUGCCUGCGUCUAAACAAUAACGUAAAGAAGAUGAAGAAUUUUGGUCUUGUUCGAUCCAACGGACCAAUCGAACAGAUUUAUAGAUACAUUCAAGCUAUUUUAUUGCGCCGCGUAAACAACAAAGUAUCAUUUCGAUGUUCCUACAUGCACCGUGUAUUGGUAUGACAAAUAAACGUACAAUGACUUUUUAAAAAA